ACACUGACUGACGCUGUCCUGACGCGGACAAUGUGCAGCUCCACAAGCGUUCAAUCGCUGUCUCGCUCGCAGCAUCACGUGCAAUGCUGACCUCGACACUGAAUAAGAGAGUGUUGGGGCAAAUUAGUCUCCCGAGUGGCUUGGACAAUACCCAGGAGGCUGCUGCGAUCGAAAAGCGACAACCGAUCGAAGUAAAGUAUCCUGCCUCGCUGGCAGGCGAAGAACAUGGGCUACAUCGAAGCCAACUGCUCAACGCGAUCGCUCACUAUCGCGAAACUGGUCUUCCCGAAAUGGCAAGCGCAGAAGUCGUGAGGGGCUUCGAGGCGGAGCCUCAUCGAGUAGGCAAACCCAUACGUGCCCGAAUCAAGGCGUUCGAUGCUGAAGGCAACCCGAUCAUCAACCCAAAGGCCGAUGCUCAGCCUGACACCCACAUCAUUUACCUCUCGUCGGGUUCGCGUCUUGUAGACCAAUACGGCAGAGUUUGGCUUGGCAGAAACCCGCACCCUAUGGAAGAGAGAGUGGGUGAUGCGCCCACAGGUCGUCCAAAAAUGGCGGGCCCAAGCCGUAGAACUCCCAACGAUCUGCAUCACAGCAAUCUAGCGAACCCAGGAGCCACCGAAGCGGGAACAGCGGAGCGGUGGAGAAAAGCUGAACAUGCUCAAGCGGGAAUCUCCGACUCGCGCACGGAGAGGGACACAGCAAGGGGAUGGCGAAAAGAUUGGGACGCUGAAGUCGGUAGCUCUGGCUCGGGGACAACCGCGCAAACCUUGGGAGCGUCCGGCUGGCGCGGACGCUCUUCUACACCAUCUCCGUCAGCUAGAAGUGAUGCCAGCUCAUGGCGAAGACCGUCAGAAGCUUCGCCUUCUAGCCAACAGCCCAAGAGUCGAAGCGAUGCGUCAAGUUGGCGUAAAGAUGACCAGCCAAGAAGGCUGGAACGUCGAUUGGAAGCAGUGAAAAGCCUCUUGUGGGACUGGGGUCCUGUCGCCGAAGACAAGUAUCAUUACCAUCGCAACACAAUCGCGCAUGCUGUUCAUGACCUGACCAAAACUCAGCCGAUUCUCGAGACAGCUAAGCGAGCCCAAGUGGUGCGCACUUGGCACCAACCUGCUCCAACGGACAAGCAUCCCGUUCAGUCCCUGCAGGCUCACAUCCGCUUCGAGGACGCGAGAGGUAGAGUGAUCAAUCCAUACGGCGCGCGCAACAAGGGUAACCACCCGGUUCGAGUGUUUUUGGACAACGGCAAGAAGUUUACGGCAGAAGAUGGAAAGGUCUGGAUCGGACGCAGCGCGACGCCCACCGUUCAGACGCACGAGACUUUUGCCAAGGAAGGAUAGACGAAGAGACAGCCUUCCAAAGAGGCAAGCGGGGACGGAGAAAGUCAGCAGGCAGGCGAAACGCAAACGUCAAUUCCUUCCAGCACUUUAGGUUUGGACAGCACCACCAAUAACAUGCGAUACAGACCACCUGCGCUGCGCUCGACUGCUGCUACCGAUGCUGAUGCGAGAUCUUCGACCA